AACAGCACAUUUUAAAGAGACCCAACACACAGCAACACCAAUGGUAUCCCACAAGGUUUUCGUGGCAAUAGUCUUGCUCAACGUGUACAUAGGUAUACAGUCCGUUUUCUACUUGUUCGGCGGCGUUAUUUUAACCGCCCUGUUUGCUAUGGCUUUUUUGAACGGACCCAGGCUGCUGGACUGGGCGAGUUCACCUCCGCAUCUUCAGUUUAACAGAUACGUCCUGACGGGGUACCGGCCUAUCUCCUCCGUGCAGGACUGCAUCCGGAGCCUGUUCUACCUGCACAACGAGCUGGGAAACAUCUACACUCACGGCAUUCCGUUGCUUUGCUUUCUGGUGCUGCUGCCUCUCAACAUCCCCUGGUCUCAGAUCAGCGUCACGUGGUUGGGCGUGGUGCACUUCCUGGCCUGCCUGUCACCCCAGCUGGGUUCUGUGCUCUACCACCUCUUCAUGAACCACGAGGGAGGGGAGCCCGUCUACCACACCCUCCUCAAACUCGACGUGUGUGGAAUCGGCAUGAUCAACACGCUCGGGGCUCUGCCCAUUGUCUACAGCACACUGCUGUGCUACCCGUUCAUCCGCACCGUUACCCUGGUAGUCUACAUCCUGCUGUCCAGCCACGCCAUCUACUGCGCCGUGACGGCUCGGAGCAGCGUUUGCCGGCUGCGCUCCUUUGCCUGGCAGGCUCUUUUUCGCUUCUCCUUCUUCCUGCUCCGCUGGGUGGGCCUGGGUGGCGGCAGCCCCACAUCGUUACGCCACUUCCUCAUGAUGGAUGUCCUGGCUGUCCUGGGCGGGAUCAUCAACAUCACCCGCAUUCCGGAGCGCUUCAGCCCGGGCCUCUUUGACUACUGGUGCAACAGCCACCAGAUCAUGCAUGUUCUGGUGGUGGGCUCCAUCCUUUCCCUGCACUGGGGCGUGCUGGAUGACCUGCUGUGGAUCAACACUUACAACUGUCCCUCAGACUGACCCUACCUGCAGCCCCCGCCCCCGAGCAAGGAACGCCAGGAUUUAAGAUUAUAGGACCUCAGGGGGGGAGGGCUUGGGGGAGUAAGGGAAGCGGGAGGGGAUCUGGGGGAACUGAUGCUGCGAGGUGAGACGAUGUGUCGCCUGUGCUAGGGAUGCACGAUAUGGGUUUUUCCGUGCGAUACCGAUAACCGAUAAUUAAAUGCUUCACAUGGCCGAUACCAAUAAUAAUUUCAUGUUUCUUAAAAAGAAGUUCAUAGCCUGUAGUUAAUGCACACCUGAGGGUAAUAUUGCAAAAUAUAGUAAGAAAAUAUGGAUGAAUUAAUAUUCCAGUGUUAACACAACAAAAACUGUUCUGACCCAGUUCUGAGUGGUUGUUUAGUUUUUUAAGUAAAGUACAUCAGAAAACCUAAACAUUUCUCCUUCAAAAGGAAUUUAAAUUCAAUAUAAGACAUGUCAAUGUAUUAAAAAUAGUAAUUCAGAUAAAAUACUGAGCUGCAAAGCUAGUCGCCAGCAGCUUUAAGUUUAAGAGUUUGUAAGCACCCCGUAUUCUCGCCUUACAUCGGCGUCAUGAUGACUGACUUUUAGGUGACUUAUGAGAUUAAUAGCAUUUAAAUGUUUCCACCUCUCGAAACAUUUGCACAUUUGUUGCAAACUGCGAUCAUACAGUCGUUCUCAGAAAUUGAAAAACUCACCAACAACACAGUUUUCAGUUCCAAUGUGAACAUACAGGCAGGCACGGGUAAAUGAAGUCUGUGUUUAUCAGACAAAAUUCCAAUUAUCGGUCCGAUAUGUAUCGUGCAUCCCUGGCCGGUGCACGUGACCAUCUCAUGUGCUCAAACUCAGAAUGUUCAUAUCUUCGUCCAUCUCAGUAUUGUGUGCGAAUGCAGGCAGAAAUAUUGCAAGCAACACGCACAAGCAUUUUGUCUGUCACUUGCCACAAACAUGGACGCACAAGCGCAGACACCCUCACACACAAACAUUUCAAACAGUAUGUAUUAAAUUAGUAUUGAACACUACAUACUCUUAAGUAAAGGCCCAGGUCAAAGGUAACUGAUGAGUUUGCCUUUACUUAAUAGUACAAGAUUUACUUGAGCGAACGUUGUGAUUGAUUGAUUGACAGUCUGUGGCUAAAUGGUAUCACGCGUUUGAGUCCUCUCAGCUGUCCCUGUUGCUACCUAUGCAGUACAUGCAUACUUUAACCCACACAACACGUACUCCCCCACGCCUAUGUUUUUAUACACACACUACACAAAAUGUAGAUGCUGCACAAAGCACUCAUAGACUUAUCACUUUGUCCAUCUGACUGAAUUUGACUGUUUCUGUAUGUGCUCCCUUGUUUUCUGCCGCUGCCUCAUUCGUUUUGAUUCGUCCUCUCUGUCACACGAUGAGAUGACGAUGAGGUGAGGGGGUUCAUUCCUGAGAGGGACGGCCUUAUGGCAUUGAGUGUACUUCCUGCCGGUGUCCUGGGCCUCACAUUAGAAUCGAUCGGUCAGUGUUAUCUGGUACGUUUGCACGCGGACACAAGUGCCAAUGAAAUUCAGGCAUUUAUCAUCAGGACAUUAAUUGCACACGUUUACAACCGGUGUUGUUCAGGCGCAUUAGUGUUUGCCAAACGUCUUGUUCAUGGUACUCCAUGUCCUAUUUAUUAAUUGUUGAUCAUCUAUGAUAGCCUUGCAUUGUCAGGAAGAUUGUUAACCACUAUUUCGUUUUUAUUCAAAAGACUUAUAUUCUCAUAUGUUUGUAGAAAACCCAUUUUAUGUAAAAAUUCUAUUAUGUGAGAAUAGUAUCCAAAGAUGACACUGUUAAUGUUUAACACUGAAAAUGUUACUGUGUGUACAUUAAAUCUUAAUGUACACAUGGCAGCAGCGUGCACUGAAAGUUGAGGGGUUUCCUCAUAACGAUUGGCAACUUUUACAGCAACUUAAAUGCAAUUAAAAGUCAAUAUGAAAUGUUUGUUAAUUGUAAAACUCCAGCAAAAGUCAACCUAUUGACACAAUAUGCACAACACUGGAGUUAAGGAAUAUGUGCUAUUUAUUUGUGCUUUCUAUUGAGUCGUGAUUGUUCACUGAUACAGCGUGUGUCUGACACUUUGAAAAGUGUUGUUGCUGUGCAGGAUCACAGACUGACAGAUCAGAGUAGAGGUCAGAGAAUAUCUUUUGUGCAAAUCCUGAGGAUUAGCUCCUCACACUAUGGAUUUUUAACUCCUGGGUCACAGUAAUACUGUAGGAAUAGACCUGUCUCUAGGCAUCUGGCAUUUUUUAAUAUGCAUGAAGGCUUGGCUGAACACAGCUCUACUGUAUUUGGAUGUUUACUUUAACACAGGCUCUAGAUAUUGAAUGUUUACAGGGGUUGAUUAUUUUUUCAGCUUUCUACUUUCUUUGUUUGAAUGCACUGCUUUUGCUCUGCAACCGUUUUUGCACUUUUUUAAACCCGAACCGAGGUUCAGAUGCUACUGAUUGUUUUUAAAGUGUUGGAGUAUUUCAUUAAGCCGACCUGACUGGGCAGGAAUGAACCCCUACACCCUCUUGUCAUGUGUAUGUUACUGUGGAACCGUUCAUGAUUGCAUUGUCUUAAUUAUUUGCCAUUUUAUUUCAGUCACUACUCUUGUGUAAAUGUUGCUCAGUUCCUUCGUAAAGAUGGACGAUGCGUCUCAGCCUCCUCCCAGUGUACAAAAGUUGAUCUAAAUAUCCUAAACACAGGUUCCUCCCUCUUGUGAUUUGUACAUCUUAUGGAGCCAGGGUCUGUGCAGUACUGGUCAUGGGGUGGUGUGGUAUCAAGGUCCAGCUGAUACACACUCUAACCCUAACCCCAACCAACCCUGAUAUGUAUUUACUGCAUCGGAUAAGUAAUUUAAACCUAACUGAUCAGAAUCAAGAACACUUGAACAUGCAUCUGUGUGAUCAGAACUACCUUCAAUAAUUGAAACCAUCUUAAGCCAGCCACCAGGGGGAGAUCAAGAAGUGUAUGUCGUCCAUCUUUAUAUAGUUGCUGAAGACUAGUGGCUGAAGCCUGAUUUCUUUUCUAUUGUCAGACCCCUUUUAAUGACAUUGCACUUGUCUCCCAUGCCAACAGUCGCAGCCGCCCACUGACUUGUUGCCAAUCCCGUCACACCCACUCUUGCCAAAUUAGCGUCAACUGAGGUGUAGCACGUCCUCUGCUUCCUGUGGUAACACUGACUCAUAGAGGAGGAAGGAUUUCCCUCAGUCUUCAUCACGUACAUUAGCCUCAGACUGCACCCCCGCCCCUGCCCUCGCCUUGAUUAAGAGUCAGAAACUGUGCGUCUCCUAAGUCUCACUCUGUCACACUGAUUAACUCCUGCCAGUAACCUUGCUACAAUGUAAAAGCUGAAAUUAAUGUAUUUCUGGCCACUGAAUGAAACUGACAAAAACUGCAUGAAAGCUGCUGUGAAGCAGAAAGUGA